CGAGGGAGAGCCGUGCCGCUCGGCGUCUCCCCCAACGCAGCCGGGCCUUCUCACUGCCUCCUCCUCCGUCUCCGCUCCCGCCGCCGCCGCCAUGACUUCCCUGACCCAGCGAAGCUCGGGCCUGGUGCAACGCCGCACCGAGGCCUCUCGCAGCGCCGCCGCGGCAGACAAAGAGCGGGUGGGCGGCGGCGGGGGUGGCGGCGGCGGCGGCGGCCCGGAGGAGGAGAGCCGGCGCGACGAGCAAGGCGACGACGAGAAGGGCGACUCCAAAGAGACGCGGCUCACCCUCAUGGAAGAAGUGCUGCUGCUGGGCCUCAAGGACCGAGAGGGUUACACAUCAUUUUGGAAUGAUUGCAUUUCCUCUGGGCUGCGUGGCUGCAUGUUAAUUGAGUUGGCACUGAGAGGGCGACUUCAGCUGGAAGCGUUUGGAAUGAGACGCAAAAGCCUAUUAACUAGAAAGGUUAUCUGCAAAUCAGAUGCUCCUACAGGGGACGUUCUGCUUGAUGAAGCCCUGAAGCACAUUAAAGAGACACAGCCUCCUGAAACAGUGCAGAACUGGAUAGAGCUGCUCAGUGGUGAGACAUGGAAUCCGUUAAAAUUGCACUACCAGCUACGAAAUGUACGUGAGCGAUUAGCCAAAAACCUAGUAGAAAAAGGGGUUUUGACGACGGAGAAGCAGAACUUUCUUCUCUUUGACAUGACCACGCACCCUCUCACCAACAACAACAUUAAGCAGCGCCUCAUUAAGAAAGUUCAAGAAGCCGUUCUUGACCGAUGGGUGAACGACCCCCACCGCAUGGACAAGCGCUUGCUGGCCCUCAUUUAUUUAGCCCAUGCUUCCGAUGUCCUUGAGAACGCUUUUGCCCCGCUACUGGAUGAGCAGUACGACCUAGCUACAAAAAGGGUGCGGCAGCUCCUGGAUUUAGACCCCGAAGUGGAAUGUAUGAAGGCCAACACGAACGAGGUCCUGUGGGCAGUAGUAGCCGCCUUCACGAAAUAACUGCAAUCAGACUGCUCCAAGUGUUCCUUUUCUCCCCCCCCCCUUUUAUUGUAAAUCAGUUUCUCUUCUAUUGGCGAUUUCAUGUUCUUCUGCCAUUUGUACCUUUUCCUCAUAUGAUGAAAAUCCGCUUUUGUUUCACGGGAAUGGUAGGUGGCGUGUUUGGCUGUUUGUCUGUGUGCGUCUCUUUCUCCUCCUACAGGGUUUUUCCGAUGCGAGAGAGCUUCCCUUUCUUCAACACAUCUUGAUGGCCAUAUUGGUAUUCCAUUUCAUAUAUAGGAUGUAAGUUACAUUAUCUGGGUUCAAGUUGUACUCUGUUUCAUCCACCGGAGUGGGUUUAACGGGGCAAGCAAGCACCUCCCAAGGAGCAAAGCGAGCACUUAAUUUCGGGUUGUUUCAGGUGGGCACAUUUUAGCAGGUCCUCGUUCAGUGGGGAUCUUAUUGCAGUGCUCUGCUUAGAUGGGACAGGGGUGGUUCAGCAGCAGCGCUUGGUAGAUUGUGCCUUUUCCUUAGAUGUUCGUUUUGAAGUGCUCAGAAUCAGUUUUGAAAUUGGGAGUCUUUACAUACUGGCUCAAAUAGUUAAGCCAUCCCAUAUAUAUAUUUUUUUCCCUGUUGAAUGUAAAUCCGUGUUAAUUUGUUUGCUCUUUAAAAAAAGUUAAGCUCUAAAUCCUACAGCUAGUACAGAAAGGGUCCUGUUGUUUCACAAAGAGAAGGGUUUUUUGGGAUGGGAAUACAUUCCAGUGUAGUGUGUAUAUAGUGAGGAUUGUAUGUUAACACACAAGCGCACAUGUUUUGAUAACUGUAGUAAAUCUCCAAAUUUGUACAUCUGGCAAUCCGUUACUUCCUUUCAGCCGUUGCCUCUUGGUGGAAAGACGGGCCUCUUAUAAGGAGUGUGUAUGCAUUUGUGUGUGUGUCCUAUGUUUAUAGUGUGUCUGGGGUUUGUACUAUUAGCCAGGUACAAUCUGCCAAUUCAUUGCCUUCCUAGCAUUCGUUGUAUGAAGAGACCACUUUAUCAUUGUUUCUAUGAGGGGGACCGGGGGAGGGGAGGGAAGAGGCUUGUGACCAGUACAAUUCUUGAGUGCAAUUUUCAGGGUUGUUUUUUUUUUCCUGUUUGAACACAAAGUUAACAGUUGUGUCUCAUGUCAUUAAUCUCUACUUAACACUUCAAAAACAAAUCAGUUGUCAAUCUUAGCAGAUGUUGCAUGUAAAUUGUUAGCAGGUGAUGACUACAGUUCAACCAAUUAAGAUUUCUGUAGUGGGAAGCUCUACUAUGUUUUAAUUUUUAUAUACAAUUAUGCUGAUUAGCACAUUAUUGUAAAAAAGUAUAUAUAAACUUGGCUUUUUAAAGUUAUUACCUCUUUUGCCAUUGCUUGUUCUAGCUCCAGUCACAAUGUAAAUAUUAUGCAUUGAAAAAAAUUAAAAACUGAUUCCGCCCCUCCCCUUCCCCCUUUUUUUUCUUUCAAAUAACAAUACACUAAUAGUGGGGCAGGUAUCUAGAAACGUUCUGGUUAAUUUUGAAAGCAAAAAAAAAAAAGUUUUAGAGAUGGUGUAUAACUGUAGUUGAAAUGUAAAGGGAUCCCCAAUCUGUAUACUAGCUUUUUACCUAAAGUAAAUAAACUUCUCAUCUUGAAAGUGCCUGAAACAUA